UUUGUGUGUGUAUAAAAACAUAUAUAACAAAACUAGGAAGUAUUCUUUUAAUUCGGUGAAACGAUAGUGACUUGUUGAAAGUGGAAUUAUCCGUCAACAGUUUGAAUUAUUUUGAACAAGAUAUCUGUGAAAAAAAAAACAAGAUUUUCAACAUUUGAUAGAAUAUAACGGAACAAUGGAACUAAGACACAAAACAUCGUUAAACGGGUGGAUGCCGAGCUCCCUAACAUGGGCCAAGAGCAAUCCUACGUCGCUCACCGCGGCGCUCAAGUGAGGCGAUACGCUGACAAGAUAAACGAGCCCGUCCGAUCCAAGUCCGACAGCCGAUCCAACUGCGACGAAUACAAAAGAUACAAAGCCAGACGAAGCCCUGACAGCAACAGUAAUUCUUCAAACGAAAGCAGCGGGUACAGAAGCGGCUCAAGCGCUUACGACUUCAGAUCUGAUAGGUCGUCUAAAAGCGAAUACUACUGUACGUCCUUGUACAAGAACGAUCAUUACAAAGACGUUAACAAGGAAUUGUAUAAGCCAGUCAAAAUAACUAAAGAAAAACGCUACAAGGUGCAAUUAUUUGAGGUCAACGACGAGGAAAUAAAAAGUGCUCGCCUAAAAGGCUACCUCACCGACGCAGAGAAAGCUAAACUUAAAGCCGGGCCGACGCCAAAGAAAGCCGGAAUACGGAACUACACGCCUAAGAUUUUGUCUGAAGACGAGCAGAGAUUGAAGAUAGAGGGCUGGAUUUAGUUGCAGGAGUAUAAUAUAAGUUGUAUAUAGUUAGUUAGUAGAUGAAUUUAGAAGGUGAGGAUGGAGGCGGCC